UGGCUGAACCUGUCUGAUAGGUGUGGGCUGGCUGGCACUGACUUGCGCAGGUAUGAAGAGAAAUCCAGCACAGUCCUGAGAGAGGAGAGGAACUGCAGCACUUCUGUGACAGGAACUUCAAUUUCUCAGACAAACAAGGGGGAAAAGUCACAUACAGAAACACCUGUACAAGGGACAGUGGAAGAGGAACUGUGAGAACAAGAAGAGGCAGUUUUGUGAGGACAGACAGAACGGAGGACUCUUCAGAAUGUGAAAUAACCUGGAGGAGAUUCUUUUACUGCGGUUCGACCAAUGGGUCUGGGAUUCCAAUGUGGCAUUUCAGGCUCUGGGAUGUACAAGAUGUUGCUGUGUUUCUCAGCAUCACAUUAUAUAUGUGUCACCUAGCUGGAACCAUCUCCGUCCAUUCUCCCCAGAGGAGCCUGACCAGGUCGGUGCAGGAGGAUGUGUUUUUCUCAGUGGAUGUUACCUGUAACGGGAUCCCCACCAUACAAUGGACCUUUAUGUCAGGGGCGGUGAGCCGCACCAUAGGGACUUGGCGGCCGGGGGUGUACACCAACAUAACAGUGGAUUACAGCAGCAGAGUGCAGGCCUUCAACAAUGGCUCAAUGGGCCUGUCAGACCUGCGGCUGCAAGACGCUGGAUACUACGUGGUCACUGUCACAGAAACAGCAGGAAGUAGCAAGGACGCUGGAUUUGUCCUAAAAGUGAAUGAGGUGCUGUAUGAGGACCUUCAGUACCUGUCUGUCUCUGCCUUAGCACUGGCCUGUUUGGCUGGCCUUCUCAUGCUGGCCAUGUGGCUACUAGACAAGGCCUACAGGAAGAUAGUGGCAUGGAGACGCAGGAAACAGAUGCCAGAAAAUGAUGCAACAGAGCUGCAGCCUCUUUGAUGGACAUCGGGCUGCAGGAAAACACAUGAAAGACUGUCUGUUAAACUUGGACUUUUUAAAAGUUAUGUAUGUAUAUAAAAUAACUGCAUUUUUUUAAUCCAACAAGUUACUUACAGCCAGAUGGCUUGAAAAAAGAAAAACUGUGUACCAAGAUGUUUACAUUUGUAUUGAAUACACAUGCAUUUACAGCUCACUGCUAUGGACACUGGAUUGAAUGUAAAUAUAUCAUCCAUGACACUGAAAAAACAAUACAUACUGUAUUUAUUGUCUGAGCAAAUGAAUGGUGUGGUUUUCUUUCACUUGUUCUUUCUUCACAACAACCAUCAAGACAUGAAACAGGCCUUGGAAAAGGUUUCUCGGCAGGUAGUCUGUAUCGGACUUCUGAUGCAGUGAUCAAACGGGGAGAACCAUAAGACUAGAGAGUGAAAAAACAAGCAUAAAUGAGACUGCUGCUCAUUUAAAAAAAGCUGUAUUAGCAUCUAUAUACACAGCAUGUUAAAGAAAAGAGUUUGAUUACAAUAAAUCAGUCAACUUUUUCUUGCAUAACAUCUGUACUUCAAAGAAGCAGUGUGUAAGAUCUAAGGGGAUUUAGUGUCAUCUACCAGUGAGGAUUGCAAGUUGCAAUUUUGCGACCAGAAUUAAAUGCAGAGGUUUCUUCCUCUCCAAAACAAACAGAUAGGGUGAUUGAAACAAGUAAAAACACUGUUUGGCAUGUCACAGAGAGGCUGUGGUGGCCAAUGCGAAAAUGUAAACAGCCCUAUCUAGAGCCACUAGCCCCUUUUGCACUGCCUCUUCAGGGUGGGAAUUUCAUGCUGUUAUGCUGCUUAGGUACAAUUGCAGAAUGGGAUAAUUGGGUUGUCUCGCCUCCAAGCUGGCAGCAUAGGUAGUAAAAGCACCGAAAUGAUGGCUGUACAGCUGGCAGGAAGGGAACAUGGACGGGAUAGGAGUGAUAUUUUGACAACGUUUUAUGUGUGUGACCUACUGGUGGGAGAUUUAAAAAGCAGCUGGUAACUCAGAGAACAACAGAGGCCAAAAAUGUCAUCAAAUUGGGAAAGCAAUGAGGUCUGGGAGCUCCUUGCCCUCUCAACAGAAGACCGGAUUAACCGCCAUAAAACAUGGCCGGUAAAUUAUUGUUAUUGUAAUGUUAAUGCAAUUGUUAUUGUUUAUAAAGCGCUGCUGACACAUGUGAUAUGUCGCACUAGAGGCCGACUCCCUAAUGUUACUGCCUGUAAUGCCUCUUUUCAUUCAGCGAUGCCAUCAUGCUGUCUAAAAUUACACACUAGAGUGGCAUGAGUCCACCACUGAUUGGUUUUGCGUAAAAAUUCAAAGGCAGCAUAAAAGAGGGACUUCGACGCUACCCUAUAGCACGAUCUCUGUAGAAAGGGCUAGAGUUAGGUUUGUCCAAUUGCAGAAACUCCGUGGAUAAGGAGCCGCUUCCUAUGUAGAUAUUUCUGCUAAUAUAUCCCCCUCAAUCCUACACACUGGACCUUUAAUUAAAGGUGAACUAAAACCUCACGUGGUUCUUUCUUAAAACUGAUGAAUCUAAAUUUGAAGAAAGUCAUUUUCUCCAAAAUGCUGUUGCUCAAAUCUGACAUGCGAUUAAGAUAAAGCAAAACUACAGAAACAUAUUCCUCAUACUAGAAAUACACUGAAGUGUUUGCCAGAACUCCUGAGAAAAAACUGAUUCACAGCUUUAUUCUUAUUAUGACAAAUCUGCACAAAUACAGACAGACUUAAUGUUUUAUUUUGUAUCAAAGUGUUUGAGGUACACGCGCACACACACACACGCGCACACACACACACGCACACACACACACACGCGCACACACACACACACGCGCACACACACACACACACACACACACACACACACAC